CUUUCGGGAGAAUUCUGAUGACUGCAGAUCUUUUACUUAUCUGUGUGAAGUAUACUGUUUUUAUCGUUUAAGUGCUAGUUUUACUCAGGAAUCUCAAUUAUACAUCAGCUGCAUUCAUAUUUGAGAAGAUGAUGUUACAUCUGCUGGUGUUAGUUGUGAGCCUCGCUCUUUUUCCACCUUUAAAUCUGAGCGGGCAAACAUCUGACAAUGCAUUUCAUUCCACGGAAAACGGCAGUGGAUGCUAUUUUCGAUUUAAGUAUUCAUGUGAUGACCUACUCUUUGAAUUUGAUCGACGGGAGAUUCUCAGAGAAGGGUCCAUCCAGGAAUUGUCUCGUUGUUCAGCCUCCUUACCCUCCUUAAUUAAUUCUUGCAAGAAAUUCACAGUCUCUGGUUUGCAAUACAUAGAAUCGGGAGGAUUUAAAGGCCUCGAAAACAUACAAAUAUUGGUUAUUGAAAACCACUUCUUUGAUGUGGUAGAACGCGGGAUGUUAAGAUAUCUUGAUAAGUUGGAAAAUUUGGUCAUCGGUAGCAACCAUACCAAAAUUGCCAAACUAGAGAAUGAAGCUUUCGAGAAUUUAAGGAAUCUCAAUAACCUUACACUGUCAAACAAUGAUAUAACCGACCUUCAACCAAGUGUUUUCAAGGGAUUGGAAAAUGUCACUUCUCUGAAUCUGGCUCACAAUAAACUUCAGACAUUGGGACCAAACAGCUUCAGUCAUAUGCCCUCUUUGGAGUACCUAAACUUACGGAAAAAUAAACUGAGAUGCGUGAGACGGACGGCAUUUUAUAACUUGCCCCACCUGAAAGAAAUUGAUCUCCGUGAUAACAUGAUAAAAGUGAUGGCCGAACCCUCAUUUGACAUACAUGAAUUACACGUUGCUGUUGACUUAACUGGCAACCCUCUUCUGUGUGACUGUCGCAUGUCAUGGAUAUCUUCGUGGCUUAACGAGAGUCGAAAUCAUAUCUAUGGACAAUGCCAAGAACGACAGGAGAUAAAAAACCACUCUUUGUUUGAUGUGUACAAUAAUGAAGAUUGUCUUCCGUUUGAUAUCAAGAAUAUGACACUACAGGGAAGACUAUUACACGAGCUCCCGUGCGCAGGGGUUGAUUGUACCUGGAUUACACCAGAUGGGAGACAGCUUUCAGAACAUGGUGAACGACAAGGACCUUACUUCUUGACUAACAACGAUGCUUUGAUUAUUGAUACUAACACUGCGAACUCGUCGAUCGAAGGAACCUAUUCUUUUUCAUAUGGAGAUGAAAGUGAUGACUUAGUAGUUAACUUUCAGGAUAAAGUAAUAGAUCAGGUUGGAUUGUCCUUCCGGAAUAAAAUGAUUAUCAUUAGUUUGUCAUGUUCAGUCAUAACGGUCAUAAUACUCUGUAUAAUAACUAGGUAUGUCAAGAUGACCAGAGUUAAGCAGAGGUCAGGGUACGUUAGUGAAGAGAAUAAACCAUUGUUCCAUCACUCAUCGGAAUCAGUCUUCCAAAGCUCGUAUCAAUCAUCGGGAUGGCAGAACAUAUCACAAGAAACACAACCUGGAGGAGAAAAAUUCAGGAAGUCGCCGUCUUUUGAAAACGGCAUAAUUGAAAAUUUCAAUCAUAGUGGUUGCUAUAAUACUUAUACAGAAAAUAAAUGAUAGAAUGCCUUGUGCUAAUAUUUCAAACAAUCUGUAUAAAUACAUACAUGUAUGUUGAAAUGUCCCUUGAUACAGAGAAGACAUUCGUUUUUAAAGGUCCAAAACUGUCAAAUUCUUUUCAGUGUAAUUCGAUACAAAUGUUCAAAAGGAGACUUGAAAGCUUUCUUCUGAAUAGCGACUAGGCUAUUGCAUUCCCCAAUCAAAUAUAAUA